AUGGCGACGGCAGAAGGCACUCGGUUUUGUUUGGGCCGGCCCAAUACUUCAUCCCGUGUUAGAAAAAAAAACAUCGCAACAGGGCAACAGGUGUUUGGUUUGGACUCCCGGCCCUGGGCCCCCUGGCUGCUGCUGCGGCUGCUGACCUCUCCGCCAUGGGCACACCCCCCUCGCAGAUUGCAUAGAGGCAAUUUCCAGCAACGGCAUCGUCCAUGGCAUCCUCGCAGACCCUCUCGCUGUUCCUCCCGCUGCUGGCCGCGUCGUCGCCCGGCGGACGCGGGCGCCGGCAUUGGCGGCGGCGACGGCCACGGCCUGACGCACAUCCACCUCUACGGGCACGAGACCCUGGCCGGCGCCAACGGCUCGUCGUUCGGGAGCAUCGGCGUGGUGGACGGGACCGAAGCUAAGAGGAUCGAUCCAGGUUGUCUGGAUUCCACCCUCAAGUUUACUAUCAACAGCAUCCAAAACGCCCGCCCGAACACUAUUGAUACGCAAAGUUGUCCCAGGGCAUUCCCCAAUUCUCUAGCUGUUUGUCUCCAGAGGGAGGUCAGCUGCAGCCGCACGGAGAGGCAUGUCGCGACCGUCGAAGGCCUUGAUUUACUACUCUUCCAGACCUUCCAAGUAAGCGCGGAAAACAGCCCACACGAACUGUUCAUCCCGUCUGCGGUUCAUUACAGUUUGAUCAUUCGACCUGAUGAGCUUCCACGUACCUGUCAACCAAGCGCCCUUAUACCCCAAAAAUGUGAAUAGAUAACGAAGCACGAAGGGAAAAGAAGAUUCAGUAUCAUCUGAUGG